CUAUCUCUGUGUAAUGUUUUUUUAGUCCAUGGGUGGUCCGGUUACGAGUAUCACUGGGCAUAUUCAUAGCUGUAUAGCAUUAUACUUGCAUGUCAGUCUGUGGGAAAAUGUACACUUUGGUCAUGCCUGGGUAAGUAGCUAACUAAUCCUUUCUGGGGCAAACUUUGACUGCAAUUUUUUUGUGAUGUAACUUUCACAUAUUCUUUACAGGGAAAAACUGCUGUGUUGGGUUUCAGUAUGACGGAAGCACUCGACAAGACACUGACUGAAGCCGAUACGGAAGAGAUAGUGGAAAAUUUGGCAUCUGCACACACCCAGUCUUUUGUCCUGGGUAUAAGAUUUAAUUUGCCACUCCAUGAAGUGGAGGCCAUUCACUCUGAGUACUUAGACAUCCAUGGACGGUUUCUUCAAAUUAUCCUCGCAUUUCUGAAGCAACAAAAUCCCAAACCAACAUGGAGGGUUAUAAUAGAGGCUCUUAGGAGUCCUAUAGUGAACCUACCAGGUCUUGCUGAUGAACUUGAAGCCCAGGAGGUGGUCCAUGUCACUCCAUCAACAGACAGUGAAAUGUCAGCUGGACCCACUGUACUAUCUGUUUCAGGAGCCCAAACUGUACCGAGAUCACCUGAAGAAGAUUAUUUGUUUGUUGAGCAGUCACCUGGUAACUUAUACUGCCCUGUGUUAAAAGAUUUGCUGCUCCAGCCACACCUCACAUCGUGCUGCGGGCAACAUUUCUCACAGUUAGCUGCCAUCAGGAUACAGAGA